GAGUGACCAUGGCUUUUCUUAUUCUGGUUGUCACUAUGAGAUAUUAGACAAAUAACUAGCUUCUUUAUUUCUUUAAAACAAAAUUAUUUUUAUCAUGCUUAUUCAUAAAGACCUUUUAGAUUCCUAUGUGACACCGCCUUUUGUAAUCUCCCAGUAAAUGAGAAUGGUAUCUCUCUUUACCUGAUCUUACACAGUGCCCAGGGUAGCAUGGCGCACGUGCUGGUGCCUAAUAAGCGGCUUUUGAUGAUGGUGACAUUUGAAAGGUUAUACAUCUUAAAAGAUAUUUUGUUCCCCUUUUCCUUGGCAGGACCAAGGAGCUUCCUUUUCUAAGACCAGUGCUGUUUGGACUCAGUGAAAGUGCACUUUGUUCUCGAAUUGGCCAUAUGAAAGCCUAGAAUAUAUAUUGAGUUAUUCCAAGAAGGGGGAGACAUCAUGUUCUAGGACAGUGAAUGCUGACUUGGUGCUGAAUGAAUGAUUGUGUUCUUUUACUCACAGGCUCGCUUCUCAUAUGUGCGGAUGAAAUAUCUUUUCUUUUCCUGGUUGGUGGUUUUUGUUGGAAGCUGGAUUAUAUAUGUGCAGUAUUCUACCUAUACAGAAUUAUGCAGAGGAAAAGACUGUAAGAAAAUAAUAUGUGACAAGUACAAGACUGGUGUUAUUGACGGGCCUGCAUGUAACAGCCUUUGUGUUACAGAAACUCUUUACUUUGGAAAAUGCUUAUCUACCAAGCCCAACAAUCAGAUGUAUUUAGGGAUCUGGGAUAAUCUACCCGGUGUUGUGAAGUGUCAGAUGGAACAAGCACUUCAUCUCGAUUUUGGAACCGAAUUGGAGCCGAGGAAAGAAAUAGUGUUAUUUGAUAAGCCAACAAGGGGAACGACUGUACAGAAAUUCAAAGAAAUGGUCUACGGUCUCUUUAAGGCCAAGUUGGGUGACCAAGGAAACCUCCCUGAACUGGUUAAUCUUGUCCUGACGGUGGCUGAUGGAGACAAAGAUGGCCAGGUUUCUUUGGGAGAAGCAAAGUCAGCCUGGGCACUUCUUCAACUCAAUGAAUUUCUUCUCAUGGUGAUACUUCAAGAUAAAGAACAUACCCCCAAACUAAUGGGAUUCUGCGGUGAUCUCUAUGUGAUGGAAAGUGUUGAAUAUACCUCUCUUUAUGGAAUAAGCCUUCCAUGGGUCAUUGAACUUUUUAUUCCAUCUGGGUUCAGAAGAAGCAUGGAUCAGUUGUUCACACCAUCAUGGCCUAGAAAGGCUAAAAUAGCCAUAGGACUUCUAGAAUUUGUGGAAGAUGUUUUCCAUGGCCCCUAUGGAAAUUUCCUCAUGUGUGACACUAGUGCCAAAAACCUAGGAUACAAUGAUAAAUAUGAUUUGAAAAUGGUGGAUAUGAGAAAAAUUGUGCCAGAGACAAACCUGAAAGAACUUAUUAAGGAUCGUCACUGUGAGUCUGAUUUGGAUUGUGUCUAUGGCACGGAUUGUAGAACUAGCUGUGAUCAGAGCACAAUGAAGUGUACUUCCGAAGUGAUACAGCCAAACCUGGCAAAAGCCUGUCAGUUACUCAAGGACUACCUACUGCGUGGUGCUCCAAGUGAAAUUCGAGAAGAAUUAGAAAAGCAGCUUUAUUCCUGUAUUGCCCUCAAAGUCACAGCAAAUCAGAUGGAAAUGGAACAUUCUUUGAUACUAAAUAACUUAAAAACAUUAUUGUGGAAGAAAAUUUCCUACACAAAUGACUCCUAGUUCAUUUGGACAGUUACCAAGAACUUAGCAUUUUAAGAGAACAACUUUGAGCAUUGAAAAAUGGCUUCCAAUUCAGACCCCUGCCAUUUACACAAAACUCCGUUCCCUGGGGCCUGAGAAGCCAACAUCCUUAAUGUGAUUACUGAAGGAACGGCCAGAGGCUUACUAAGAUCAACAGGCCCACACAAUUCAUUCCCAUCCUUUCAGAAGCCCUGUUACAUUUCCCAAGUACAUUCACUGUGUAACUAUCUUGACUAAUGACUUUUAAAAAUAAUGCUGUGAAAAGCCUCAUUCCAUAAACAUCAACAGUGAGAGUGAUUUGUAGAUUUGUUAGCCAAAAUACCAAUGCUGGAAACAUUGUGUUUGCAUCAAAGCUGCUGUUUAAAAAAGAAAACUUAUAAAUUUACUAAUGUCUUAGCAUGGUAAAGUUUGCACAUUAACAGAAAUUGAGACUGCAAAGCAGCCUAAUUAAAAUUACUCCUUUAUAAACAGA